CUCGGUCACCUCCUCCCCCAUCACCGCCCGCACCAUGGCUACCGAGACCGCCCUGCCCUCCUCCAAGCUCACCACCUCCGCACACUCCCCCGUCUUCUACGUCCCCGAUGUCCCGGCCCACAUCCAGCGCCCCGACGCGCAAGCCAUCAUCUACAGCUUCCCGGCCAUGGAGCCCAAGCGCCUUGCCACUUACCCCUCCUCGCACCUGCUAGUGCCGCUGCGGCGCGACCUUCUGCACCGCGCAGUGGUCUUCGAGGGCGACAGGACGCGACAGGGCACUGCGAGCACCAAGUGGCGCGACGAGGUCCACGGCUCCAACAGAAAGAUACGGCCGCAAAAGGGUACGGGUCGCGCGCGUCUCGGUGACAAGAAGAGUCCAAUGCUGCGGGGUGGAGGUGUGGCUUUCGGCCCCAAGCCCCGCGACUUCGCGACGGGUCUGCCGCGCAAGAUCUACGACCUGGCGUGGCGCACGGCGUUAAGCUACCGGUAUAGGCGCGGCGAACUGAUUGUCGUUGAGGAUGGCGUUGAGCUGGAAGAGGACAGCGUCAAGUACCUGGAGCAGGUCUUCGCGCGUAACAGUUGGGGCAAUGCCGAUCGCAGGAGCACGAUCAUCACCGAGACUCCGCGGGCGAAUCUGUGGAAGGCGCUGGAGGGUGCGGGCCAGCAUGGCGUGGCGAAGACAAGGAGGGAUUUCGACGUCAAGAAUGUCCUUGAGACGGGCAGGUUGAUUAUCGAGAAGUCGACGCUUGACCGUAUCCUCGUGUCCCACCAAGACGAUUUGGCUCCGUUGCCGGGUGUUGCCAAGUCUGGAACGAAGACUUUGACGACGAGCGUACAAGAGGUGUUUUAGGUUGGAUGUCAGGGUAGGAGUCUUGGGAGAGGCAGUGUACAAUAUGUACGGGCAUUUGAAAUUUUGUAAAGAUCUUUUGUUGAUUCAUGAACACCGGAAG